AUGUGUUCUGCUGUCUAUGUUGGUGCCCCCCUUCUCACUAUCGGCAAUGUCUUCACCGUCGUCGAGAGUUUCAUCAAGAUUGGCAUCGAAUCCAAGAACUUGUCGUCGUACGACGUGUGCAGCAUCCUGCUGGGCACCUCCACCCUGCUGGUGUGGGUGGGGGUCAUCCGCUACCUCAGCUUCUUCCAGAAAUACAAUAUCCUGAUUGUGACUCUCAGAGCCGCCUUCCCAAACGUCAUCCGUUUCUGCUGCUGCGCCGCUGCCAUCUACAUGGGCUACUGCUUCUGUGGGUGGAUCGUCCUGGGACCGUACCACACCAAGUUCCGAUCCCUGUCCAUGGUUUCCGAGUGUCUGUUUUCUCUCAUCAACGGCGACGACAUGUUCGUGACGUUUGCUGAGAUGGAGCACAGCAGCACGCUGGUGUGGAUCUUCAGCCAGGUCUACCUCUACACCUUCAUCUCGCUCUUCAUCUACAUGGUGCUGUCCCUCUUCAUCGCCCUCAUCACCGGAGCCUACGACACCAUCAUGGCCCAGACUCAGGAACAGGUCCGCGUCACUGAUCUGCACGCUUUCAUCGCACAGUGCACCGACACGCCCUGCUCCGGCAAGUUCCGUGGGCCUGAGGGGUCGUCGUGUUCUUUCCUCUGCUGCUGUGAUUGGUGAGCAGCAGGAGGAGGAGGAGGAGGAGGAGCAGGAGGAGGAGGAGGAGGAGGAGGAGGUGUACAGUAUGUAUGUGUGAUGGACAGAUCAUUUCUUUUCAGUCCACUCACAGUAAAUUCCCUCCAUUUUCCCAGAAUGCCUGGAGAGUGACCUGAGUGACCUUCCCCCUCAUUAUUCUCCGCCCUGAGUUUUGCAUUUAGAUUUGUUCUGGAACAGAAGAACUCUCUGCACAGUCACAGUCCAAUUACCUGCUGUAUGAAUAAUUUAGUAUUUUAUUCUUUUUUUCUUUUUAAUGUGAGUUUGUCAGAGCUGAUGAGAUUCAUGUUUCCAGUCAGAGGUGUUCACUCACAUCCACUCACAGUGGAUUCUGUUUUUUUUACAUUUCCCCGUGAUCUUCAAAUGAGACACGACGACAGGAAGUGGAAAAAAAUCGAACGCUCUGUUGUUUUCAUGGAUUUCUGCAACAGUUUUUCCUCAUUUCAGUCCAAGUUGGAUUUUAUUCCAAAAUCUUUGUUCAUUUGACUGCACUAAAAUAAAGAAGAAGGAGCAGGAGGAGGAGGAGGAGGAGGAGGAGGAGGAGGAGGAGCCCUGCAGCCAGUCAUCAAUAUUCAUGAGGCCUUUCAGGCAGUGAGGAGCCAGGUGCUCCUCUCCUCUCCUCUCCUCCUCUCCUCUCCUCUCCUCUCUUCUCCUCCUCUCCUCCUCUUCUCUUCUCUAAUGCACUAAUGUAAGACAGUGGUUUGUCGACUGAAAACCUUCUUAAACAAAAUGAGAAUUUCCUGUGUGUAAAAACACCAGGUCAAAGGUCAGACAGUGGUUUUCAGUCAAACCUCAUGUUCUUUAACACUGACUGGUCCUGAGGACAGAGACCAGGACCAGACAGAGACCAGGACCAGACAGAGACCAGGACCAGACAGAGACCAGGACCAGACAGGCACCAGGUUCUUCAGUGUCGUUAAUAUUCUGAGUUAUUUAAAUGUCAAAGUGCAAUAUUUCUGUUUUAAUUCUACUGUUUGUUCCACUGUUAGAAAAUAAUGUUUUAUUUUAGUUUUUUUUUUUUAAACAUAUUUUAAACAUUGUUUUUUCAUGUUUUCACAUGAGGUGAUUGGUUGAAUUAACAUCUGUUUACAAGUCCAGAGUUAGCACUUCCUGUCAGCCUCCAGUCGUGGUUGUACGGUUGGUGACGGUGAGUUCUGACUCUUGGACUGCAGUCGUUAAAGAAAACCUGUUGUUGUUUUUAACUGGUAAAUGUUUCAGGGAGUCGUUUUAUUUCACAGUUUGUACAGAGACAUUGAAAUGCAUGCUGGGUAAAGUCAGUACCCUUUACUGCACAAACAAGACCAGGGUCAAAGGGAACGGCUCUGACUUCUUCAUGAUUGUUUUUAUCUCUGCUUCCUGUUUGUUUACCUUUGUUUACAGACAUUGUUUACAGGUCACACGUGUUUUGUUUGUAUUUACAGCAGACCCCAGUCUCACCAGGGAGACGUUGAGUCCAAUGGUGGGGGUGGGUGUGUGUGUGUGGGGGGGGUCACAGACCUGUGUGUGUUCACAGCUGAACUCAUCAGUUAUUCAUGAAGGAAAAAUAGAAACAGUAAAAUGACCUUGACACUGACGCCUGCCCCAGUGGCGUCUUUAUGUACUGCAGUAUAUUCUUAGCAUGAGGUGUUUUCAUCAUUUUAGAGCAGAUAUAAUUGGAAUCUUAUAGUAAAUCCUCAGUGAACUCACACCAUCUAUAAAUGGAGGUCAGUUAUUUAUUCAUGAAGAUGAGACGAAUCUACAGGUUUUUACUCUGGUUUGUAAAUGUGUGUGACUUUCUGGAAAUAAGUAAAGAAAUAAACACGGACCAAAAACAA